CCUCCUCCUCUUCCUCUUCCAUGGAUUUGAUCACAUCACCACAGUCGAAUCCCAAAACUCACCAUUGUUUUCAUCUUCGCCGCACGUUUCUCCGGCCGGGAAGACCAGUUUUGGGUCUAAGGCCAUUGCCCCAGAGCUCCAAGCUCCUCACUUUUGAUCAUUGUAACUCAAAACAAUCACAACCCAAUAAGUUUUUAACAAGCACAAAGCUUUUCAGCCUUUUUCUUACCAAUUCUAAUAGAAAAGCAUCAGCAUUAAGCACCAAUGCAGCAUUGUCUGGCCUGGAACCAGAACUAACAGAGACAGGAGAGUACAAGUUUAAGAGAAUUCUACUUUCUGAUGUGAUUGUGAAGAGGCCGAAGAAUGUGUUUAUGGGUAGAAAGUGGAUUCCAAUGGACGUGGCCACAGCUGGUGUGGUGGCGGCAAUGCAUUUGCUUAGCCUUUUUGCACCUUUUCAAUUCAAUUGGGGAGCUUUUUGGGUGGCAGUGGCACUUUAUGUUGUGACUGGUCUAUUUGGAAUCACUCUUUCUUUUCAUAGGAAUCUCUCGCACAAGAGUUUCAAGCUCCCCAAGUUUCUUGAGUACUUAUUUGCUUAUUGUGGAUCCCAAGCACUUCAGGGGAGCCCAAUUGAUUGGGUGAGUGUGCACAGGUACCACCACCAGUUCUGUGAUUCUGAGAAAGACCCACAUAGCCCAAUUGAAGGUUUCUGGUACAGUCACAUGAGUUGGCUCUUUGAUACCAAAUCUGUGAAUGAAAGGUGUGGGGGAUCAAAUAAUGCUGGGGAUCUACAGAAGCAGCCCUUCUAUCAGCUCCUGCAUAAAACUUACAUUGCUCACCCUAUUGCUCUUGGACUUGUACUAUAUGCAAUGGGAGGAUUCCCAUUCCUUGUGUGGGGAAUGGGUGUGAGGACUAUAUGGGUAUACCACAUUACUUGGCUUGUUAACUCAGCUUGCCACGUUUGGGGAAACAGAGCAUGGAAUACCGGUGACUUGUCUAGGAACAAUUGGUGGGUGGCAAUACUAGCGUUUGGAGAGGGUUGGCACAACAAUCACCAUGCAUUUGAGUACUCGGCUAGGCAUGGCCUGAAAUGGUGGCAGCUUGACAUGACAUGGUAUGUUGUAAGAUUUCUCCAAGCUAUUGGAUUGGCAACUGAUGUGAAGCUACCAACUGAGGCCCACAAACAAAGGAUGGCUUUGAACUAAAGAAAGCUUUGACCACGUUAUAGCCAUGCUUCAAAUGGUGUGCUUUUGGUUAUAACCAUACAUAUAGAGUUAUUACUCACCCGAAUUUCAUGCAAAACAUGGUGUUUUGACUGCCUUUCAAAUACAAGAUGGCGUUUUGAGUGUUCUUUUUUCUCCUAUGAUCAAAGGGGCUUUGAGUAUUGAGUUGUCUUUUUCCUAGAGACUUGUGUUGGUUAAGUAAACUCCAUGUAUGAUACAUACAAAGAUAGGAAUAUUGUGUCCUUACAACUUCAAUAUGCACCGCAAUCUUUAUUUUGUAUAAUACGGAUGCGAAGCUCAUUGCAUUGAACUACAAAAAAAUAAGAAUCACUCUCAUUUUACUCA